GCGGUAGCAGCGGGGCUCGGUACACUUGCUGCGGCUGGGCGGCUAGUUCAAGUUGCCAUAGCUGCGAGUCUGAGGAGAGUUGAGUCGGUUGUGCCGCGGCGUCUGGUCAGUUACACCUUCUGGGUCGCUGGUGGACGCGGGAGCCCUGUGGGGCCUUGGCGAUGAUCCGGCAUUAAGGGCCCGGGGUCCUCUUCUAUCGCAGGUGGUUUGGGGGAAGUACAGGGGCAACCAAAGAUCAUCCACUUGACUAGGCCUUUUGCCCUGAACCUCAUGAAGAAAUGAUAGGAGGCAGACAUAUGUGCUGGGUGUGCUUUGAGUUCCAUCAGAUGCAGAAUUUUGAACAUCUUUUAUUGCUCAAAGUAAUUGAAAUUAAAAGCUGAAGACUUUGUGAACUAGCGAAAUUCAUGCCAGAAAGUGUGAUUUUAUUUCAUUAAAAGUAUGUAAUUCUUACGGGGAGUUUUGUACAUCAAUGGCUGAAUCCUCCAGUGAUUCAGACCACUUCUGCUCUCGUGACCGAUUGAGUCGAUGGGCUGCCAGUUCAUUACAAAGGGAAACUCGAAAUCGUCAUACUGCAGAUGUUACCGAGAAAGUCAACACUAUAACAAGUACUUUACAGGACACCAGUCGGAACCUGAGACAAGUUGACCAGAUGCUUGGACAGUAUCGAGAAUAUAGUAAUGGACAGGCGGGUGCUAUAGAAAAUUUAAAAGAAAGCUUGGAACAAUCAAUAGGCCAACUUCGGAGUCAGCGUUUAUCGAGAAACUCAGGAGGGAGAAGAAGUAUUUCUGUUACAAGUCUGAGUACAAGUGACCUCGACGGUGGCACUGUGAUAGAGAGCCACCGCUUUCCACCUACCUCACCUCUAAAGGACUAUGGGGAUCAACAGGGCAUUAAAAGAAAUAGGUCCAGAACCGGUGUCCGAUUUGUUCAGGAGACUGAUGACAUGGGCCAGUUUCAUGCUUUUCAUCAGUCCCUCCGAGACCUCAGCAGUGAACAAGUUCGCCUUGGAGAUGAUUUCAACCGGGAACUUGUCAGAAGAAGCCGAUCGGAUGCUGAAACAAAAAGGGCUUUGGAAGAACUGACCGAAAAACUUAAUGAAGCCCAAAGAAAAGAAGUGGUUUCAGAUCGGGUGGAGCGACGGCUUCAGGAAAUAGAAAGAGAAAUGCGUACAGAAAGAGAGGUGGUGGAAAGACGUCAGGAUCAACUGGGACUUAUUUCUUUGCAGCUACAGGAGAAUGUACGAAAUUAUAAAGAGGGAGAGGAAGAUUGCUUCCCACCCCUGUUCCUGAGAUACCAGAGCCUGAAUAUUUGCAUUGCAUUGAAGAAACAAGAAGCUAAAGCUGAUGAGAAUGAGGAAGUAAUGAAAAAUAAGCUAAGACAGACUGAAACUGAGAAGAGUAAACUUGAGCAGGAAUUGGAGCUAUCUCGAAGGUUAUUGAAUCAGUCAGAAGGCAGCAGAGAAAUACUUUUGCAUCAGGUAGAAGAACUCCGUACACAACUUAUGAAAUUAGAAGGCGAUCAAAAGGAUUUACAACAUCAGGUACCUCAGAUUUCCAAGCAACAGUCAAACCAUCAGGAUAAACAAGGAGAUGACUGGAGGAUUAGGAGAGGGGUUGAGCGGGAAAAAGAGAAUCUGGAGAAGCAGAUGUCAGAUUUGAGAGUGCAGCUGAACUUCAGUGCAAUGGCGGCUGAGUUAGAGGAAGUGAAGCGGUGCAUGGAGCGAAAAGACAAGGAGAGAGUACAUUUGGCAGCACAAGUAGAGAAUUUAACAUGUGAAUUAGAGAACAAGGAAAAACAGCAACUACAGAUGUUGGAUGAAUUGAAGGAGAUCCAGAGUCACUUUGAGACGUGUGACGCCAGACGUAAGCGAGCUGACCUCCAGAUCUCAAAGCUGACUCAACAUGCUGAGGAUGCAACCAAGCAGGCUGAGCAGUACCUCACGGAGUUCCAGCAGUCAGAGGCCCUGAGACAGGAGGCAGAGAAAAGGAGAGAAGAGCUGAAGGUGAAAGCUCAGGAGUCUAUUAGGCAGUGGAAGCUUAAGCACAAGAAGUUAGAGCGAGCACUGGAGAAACAAUCUGAAACUCUUGAUCAACUGGCAGAGAAGAAUAAUCAGAUUCUAAAAGAAAAGGAUGAAUUGAAAAGCCAGCUUUAUGCAGCAUUACAACAAAUAGAGAAUCUUCGAAAAGAAUUGAAUGAUGUGUUAACCAAGCGUGCCCUUCAAGAGGAGGAGCUUCACUGUAAGGAGCAGAAGCUAAAUGAUGUUAAGUCUCAUCAAGCUGACCUUGAACUAGAAGUCAAGGAUUCCCUGGAUACCAUCCAUAGGCUGGAAGGUGAAUUGAAAAAGCAGAGUAAGAUUCAAAGCCAGAUGAAAGUUGACAAAGCUCACCUGGAGGAAGAAAUUGCAGAGCUAAAGAAGAGCCAGGCCAAGGACAAAGCUCAACUUCUUGAGAUGCAGGAGGCCAUCAAAGACUUGAGUGCCAUUCGGGCAGAUCUUGCAAAUAAAUUGUCGGAGGAACAGAAAGCCAGGAAAGAGGUUCUUAAGAACCUUUCUGACCUCAAGACACAGGCAAAAUCUAAAGAUGAAGAAACAGCUACAAUCAUCACACAGUUAAAGCUAGAAAGAGAUGUUCACCAGAGGGAGCUGGAAGAUCUCACAUCCUCACUGCAGAGUGUAAAAAGUAAACAUGAACAAAAUAUCCAGGAGCUGAUGAAGCACUUCAAGAAAGAAAAGAGUGAGGCUGAGAGUCAUAUUAGGACACUGAAGGCAGAAAGCUUAGAAGAUAAAAAUAUGGCUAAAGUCCAGCGUUGUCAGCUAGAGAAGUUGAAGUCACAGUAUGACAGGCUGACAGAGGAAUUAACCCAGAAUGAAAAUGAGAACAAAAAACUGAAGCUAAAAUAUCAGUGCUUGAAGGACCAACUAGAAGAAAAGGAAAAACAUAUAAGCAAUGAAGAAGAGCACUUAAGGAGGAUGGAAGAGGCCAGAUUGCAGCUCAAGGAUCAACUUCUUUGUCUGGAGACUGAACAGGAAUCAAUUCUUGGUGUGAUAGGAAAGGAAAUUGAUGCAGCUUGUAAAACAUUCUCCAGGGACUCGAUGGAGAAACUGAAAGUUUUUUCAUCUGGUCCUGAUAUUAAUUAUGACCCACAUCGCUGGUUAGCAGAAAGCAAGACAAAACUUCAAUGGCUCUGUGAGGAACUGAAAGAGAGAGAAAACAGAGAGAAAAGUCUCCAGCACCAGCUGAUGCUAUGCAGACAGCAGCUCAGGAAUAUGACUGAAAACAAGGAAUCUGAGCUCCAGUGUCUCUUUGAACAGAUAGAAAGACAGGAACAGCUUCUGGAAGAAAUACAUCGGGAGAAGAGAGAUCUGCUGGAGGAGACUCACAGAAAAGAUGAAGAAAUGGAGUCUCUGCAGUAUAGAAAUGGUGAGAGAGAACUGUACACAGUAGCCCACGGAAGGAAUAUGGGAAUGAAGGACCGGGUAAAUGCAUUAGAAAUGAGUACCCGAGUGGCCUUGGACCAUCUGGAGUCUGUGCCUGAGAAACUGAGCCUACUAGAAGAUUUCAAAGGCUUCAGAGAUUCCCGCAGUUUAUCUGAGAGAAGUGACGGGAGAUAUUCUAGAUACAGAUUUUCCAGAGAGUCUCUUCAGCAGCGCCAGGAUGACACCACGUACAGAGUCCCAAACUUCAAAGAUGACAGAGACUUUGUGGAACGUUCCCAUGCUCAUGGGUUAGAUCAGUCAUCCUCUUGGCAGGAUCAUAGUCACUUCCUGUCUAGUCCACGAUUUUCUCACUUGAACUAUAAUUCUGGUGUGUGGAGAAAGGGGCAAGAAGAAAACAGGAAGAGAGAAAAUGGCUUGGACUGGGAUGAUGGUAAUGCAGACGGUGUGAAGCAGAAGGACUGCAGCGAACUGGGAGCAUUUACCCAAAGAACAGUUGCUCCAGAUUCACCAUUAAUCAUGGAAGAUGCCACAGAUUUAUUGAUGGAUGGGACAAGUCCACAAUCCAAAAAGGAGGAAUCCGAAAGCAAAAAGAGCAAAAUGUAAUUAGUUGCUUUGCAAAUAACAGCAUAUGUAUCCCUGCCAUAGUUUGGCCCAGAUCGUCUAGCGGACGUUCUGCAGCUUCUGUUCUUUGGCAUUGUCAGACACUGACUAAAGUAACAGUGCAGUUGGUCUUUGUGGAUGAUAAAAGUUCAACCAAUCCAAAUAAUGUCAGCUCGUGAAUGACAUGCAGCUAACCUACUGGCAACUUAAACCCGAAGAGAAAGAAUGAUAUUUUUCACUUUGCAUUUUACUUUUUCAAGUGUGGUCGGUCACAUUUUUCUGACCAAAAUUUGGAUUUAUAAUUGAGGUUUUUCAAAAAUGACUGGCUUAAAAGGAGGAAAAUGAGUUCUCCUUGAGGCAGAAGUUGCCAGCACUUUAAAUUCAGGGAGCAUUUAUGUACAAUUGAUUUUUUUUCCCCUAUGCUUUCUCCCUCAUCAAUUAUCAUGUGUUAUAACAUGUCAUGGAGAUAUGCAUAUAUAAUAUUAGACAGUCCACUUUAUAAAUGCUCAGGAUUGUUACAUCCAUCAUCUCAGCAAACUAUUACUACAUUCAAUAUCUUAACAUUAUUUCCAAUCAUCCAUUUUUUAUAGCCAUAAAGAAUUUACAAAUGUCAUCCGCAUUGUAGAGCUCUAAAGAAUUCAUAGCACAAUUUAUUUCUUUGUCUUUUUGUGGCCAAAUAUCCCACUGUGACCACACUGGUCAUAUCCUGGACCAUCCUCGGUUUACUCGGACAAAAAUCACAGCACCAAAUCCUCUGUCCAUGAGAUUUAUUUGCCAAGAGUUCUGGUAUAAUUCAGUACCAUCUACCUACUUUUAGCAUCUCAGCUUUCUCAACAUGAAAGGUUUUUUUUAAGAAUUUCUUCCCUUUACUUUCUGAUCUAUCAGUGGAGAAAGAUUUCUGUUCAAUGCUAAAUAUUAUUAAACAUCCAGGAACUAAAUCCUGCUGGAAAAUGAUGAAAACAUUUUGAACAGAGACAAGGACAAUAAAGUAAUACCUUUA